AUGGUCACAACUGCAGCAUUGGCGUUCAUGUUGGCGGGUCUGAGUGCUGCUCAGACUCAGCCCAAUGCUUCGAAGUGGGGAGAGAUUCUCUAUGAUCGUGUCAAGUAUGGACCGGAGAUGGAAUUGCAGCAUUUGUACUAUGGGCAGUUCCCAACUGGUAAGAGCUCCUCAAGGCGGACCAUCGAUUACACCGAAAAGGGUGCUGACGGAUGGCGUAGGGGUUGCCGUCUCCAAGGAAGGCAGAAAGUUCUCAAACUACCCCCCGGGCCUGGAUCCAAUGAACACCAACAACGGCAUGAAUGGAAAGUUCACCAUCGGAGAGCUCUUCCCCAACAAUACGGAGAGAGCGUGGCCAAGUGCUGAGAUCAACAAUCCGCCGGGCGGAGCCAUCAACUACACCACCAAUCCCCCCACCGGCGCCAACUAUCCCAACUACUUCAUCGGUUCGCAGUCCAUCAUUGUCGAUUCCAAGAACUUCGCGUGGGUCCUCGACACCGGCCGCUCUCUGACUCCGGACGGCGUCCUCGUCAACGCCGUCACGGGUGGCCCGAAACUCGUCAAGGUCGACAUCCCCACCGGCAACGUCCUGCAAACCAUCGUCUUCCCCUCGACCGUCGCCUACGGCGAUUCCUACCUCAACGACGUGCGCAUCGACUACGCCCACAGCCCGGGCUACGCCUACAUCACCGACUCCUCCCUCGAAGGCCGCAACGGCCUCAUCAUCGCCGACCUCUCCACCGGCACCUCCUGGCGCCACCUCGACGGCUCCCCCACCGUCCGCCCCCAGGCCCAGAACGUCGAAUACCUCUGGGGCGUGCCCCUCUACGCCUUCCAGCCCGGCGGCAAACCCUUCACGUACGUCUCCUUCGGCUCCGACGGCAUCGCCCUCUCCGCCGACAGCGCCACGCUCUUCUGGAAAUCCGUCGGCGGGAGAUACAUGUACAGCAUCCCGACGGCGCGCCUGCGCGACCACACCAGCGCGGAUUCCGAGAUCCUCGCCCAGAACAGCAUCGCCACCCUCGGCCAGACGGGCAUCACCGACGGCAUGGAAACCGACACCAACAAUUUCAUCUACCACGGCAACAUGGAGCAGAACGCCAUCGGACUGUUCAACCCGGCCAACGGGUCGGAUUCCAUCUUCAUUCGUGAUCAGAGGCUUAAUUGGGUCGAUACCAUGUCCGUUGGCUUCGAUGGCUAUCUGUACUUCACGUGCAACCAGCUCGUCUUUGGCUCCAUGAUGUACCCGGGCACGGACCGGAGGCAGAAGCCAUACUCGCUGUGGAGGGUGAAGUUGCCGGGCAAUGGCACCAAGACUUCCUGA